GGUGUUCCAGUUCAUCCCAAAGGUGUUCAGUGGGGUUGAGGUCAGGGCUCUGUGCAGGACACUCGAGUUCUUCCACUCCAACCUUCACACACCAUGUCUUCAUGGAGCUCGCUUUGUGCACAGGGGCAUUGUCAUGCUGGAACAGGUUUGAGCCUCUUAGUUCCAGAGAAGGGAAACUGUAAUGCUACAGCACACAGAGACAUUCUAUACAACUGUGUGUUUCUGACUUUGUGGCAACAGUUCGUGGAAGAACUACAUACGAGUGUGAUGGUCAGGGGUGCACAUACUUUUGGCCAUAGAGUGUAUAUAACUAUUAUAUAGUUAUUGUAAGUGUUAUAGUAUAUUUUAUCUAUCAUUAGAGAGAAUGCAUGAUCAAAUCUGUCAUGUUAUCUAGUUUUAUGAUUAUUUCUGUACCGUGUAUUUAUCCUAGCUGCUUUACUGGCUGUUUACAUCAAUUUAGACUCAACAUAUAAAUAAUCAACAGUGCAUGUGUACAGAUAUUUACAUCACCUGUGAUCUGUUGUCUGUAGAUUUUCUGAAAACCUCUUCAAUAUAAACCCAAACUCAGUUCCUCAGUCUCUCCACAGCCUGGCGUUGACCUGAAACGAAAACGCGCUUCUUAUUUUGGCCCAAUUCGCUGUCCGUAUCUAAGGGGCGGGGCUUCCCCUGCAGUUGUUUCCGGUAUUUUCAUUUUGUAAACAACAUGCCGGACUCGUGUAGUGACCAAACAGAGACAGAGCAGAAACAUUCCCGAAAUAUUAUAACCGCACUGUCAAAGCUUGCUGAUGAAAAUCUUACUCUUGUCCGGAGCAUCAGCACAGGGCUCGCAGUAGCCGGUGUGAUUAUAAUAGCAAGAAGCAUCAGGCUGAUGACCAAAUUCAGCUCCCCGUCUGAAAUCCCGGCUCGCUUCAUAGAGAGAAACGUCAGCAUUAGAGGAAAAGUCAGAAGUGUAACGGAGAGAGGGCUGGAAGUGGAGCAUAUCCCGAUACAUGUCCCAUUAUUGUCAUCUUUGCUGACUAAACGUCAGGUCGCGACCCCGCUGCGUGUGUGUUUGGCCGGGGUGGAUUUGACACCACAGGGCCGUGACUGGCUCACUGAGACGCUGAAGACGGACGAGGCGGUGUGGCUACGACUGAUCAGCCGACAGGACGAGAGCCUCCACUGCUUGGUGUCACUCAGCGGGGGUUUUCUGUUUAACACGUGUAUAAAUGAGGAGAUCCUGCUCUUGGGUCUGGGCAGGACGGCGCCUCUCCACGGCCUCGACCCUCACUCGCGUCUCUACUGGAGACUUCACGCACGACUGCUGAAGUGUGAGCUCAGGGCUGAGAGGAAGGGCCAGGGCCUCUGGAAACAGGAGAAUCUGAGAGAAAAGGUCACACAAGCCAUCAGAAAUAACACCGUGAUCACAGCCAUAAAGAGAAUCAUAAAGUGGAUGUCGAGGACGAAGGACCAGUGAAGAGGUGAUGAUGAAAAAUAAACGUGAAGUGUCAUGGACACCUGUGAUGUGCAUGCUGGGAGAAAUAGUUUGGAUAAUAAAUAUGUAUUUUGGUUGUUUUGGUGGUGUAAUUAAACCAGUUGUGUUAUUUGCAAAAUGAGUAUUCAAGCUGCCGCAUUUAGCUGUUUCUAAACAGAGCGUGUUAAUACUGAGAUCUGAUCCAGUCCACUGAAGUGUUUUAUGCAGUAAAUGUUUGAGAUGUUGUCCACCUCUCAAACAUGCACCAUACCCUCUGUUUAGAGUUACAUUUAAUGUCCUAGCAAAACAGUUUAAUUUACGAUAUAUAAUUUAUGUACAGUUUAUGUUAAUGUGUUGGGCCUCAUUUAUCAAUCUUUUACCGAAGUUGUGUGUAAAUGUCUUCGUAGACCAAACCAUAUUAAAAGUUUCUGCCAGAUUUACAAAAAUGUGAUUUUCUGUGCAUAUUGAUAAACAGUAAUCAGCCUUAAAUGACUAAGCACAUUCACAGCACAGCUGAAUUUUUAUAUUUAGCCACAUCCCAAAACUAUAAAACGCAAAGCUCACAGCUGAAAAUGGCAAAAUGAUGAACGCUGAAAAAGCACCUCCUAAGCAUGACAUGCGCUAAAUCUCCCAGUAAUGUAGCUCAGCCAUUGCAGCAUGUUGGCUACCAUAUACACACACAUACACACACACAUGCUAACUCCUCCUCCUUUACAGGGCAAACAGCUAGUCUGAACAGCUAGUCUUAUUUGUCUUAAUUUCCUGAUUUGUUUUGGAAUUGCUUUCUUUUAAGUCAUUAAUAUGAAACACUGAGUUUCACAAAAUGCUCAUUAAAUUGGUGUGUAACUGAAAUAAAUAAGUGAUUUAACCUUGACAGCGUAAUCUGUGUAUAAAAUUACAGGAAUAAAAAUGUUUCCAGCACUAACUGGAUAUUCACUACAUGUCUUGUGUAAAUGCUCCUGUGAACGAUUUAUGAAUAAUUUUGUUUAUAUCCAGGUUGAUAAAAGAGGCCCAAUAUUGUGGAACCUUAGUUCAUGUUAAUAUUUAUGUUAUAGAGCUGGAACUCGGCUUUCAACCAGUCGAAUGUCCGAGUGUGCUUGAAAGUGAUGUCAUAACUCUAGUUAGCAUGCUAAGGUUAGUUUAGGGGGCGGAGCUUUGUGUACAUGGGUAGCAAUGGGGCGGAUCCAAUGAGUAAAAAAAUUAUUCAACUCCACCCAUUUAACCAUUAGAGUUUUUUUUCCCCACAAAUCUUACCUUAUGCACCUUUAAAGUGUACGAAUUUCACUGUAAAGUAUCUUGUAAAGUCUGCUGUUCAUUCUUAAAGUGUGUCUAAAGGAAA